CCUUCGGGGCUCCGUCGCCUGCGCUCUCCCCGUGCUAGCCAGCGGCCCGCGGGCCGGGGUCAUGGGCGGCGUCUUGGGGCGCGCCGCGCUGCCGGGGCUGCUGCGUGGCCCGCGGGCCCCCGGGCCUUGCCUGCUCGCGCGCUCCAACUCGGGAGGGUCCUCCUGGACUCGAGAGCGGACCCUGGUUGCAGUGAAGCCGGAUGGGGUGCAGCGGCGGCUUGUGGGGGACGUGAUCCAGCGCUUUGAGAGGAGGGGCUUCAAGCUGGUGGGGAUGAAGAUGCUGCAGGCACCAGAGAGAGUCCUUGCUGAGCACUACCAUGACCUGCAGAGGAAGCCCUUCUACCCAUCGCUCAUCAGCUACAUGACCUCCGGCCCUGUGGUGGCCAUGGUCUGGGAAGGCCCCAAUGUGGUCUGCUCCUCGAGGACCAUGAUAGGACACACCGACUCAGCUGAGGCCGCCCCCGGCACCAUCAGGGGGGACUUCAGUGUCCACAUCAGCAGGUCUGGGGGCCCUGAUACACUCAAGCGACUGGAGGAACAUCAUUCAUGCCAGCGACUCUGUGGAGGGGGCCCGGAGGGAGAUCCAGCUAUGGUUUCAGAGCAGUGAGCUGGUGGACUGGGCAGACGAAAACCACCACAGCAGCAUCUACGCAGCCUGAGCACUCGGGCUGCCCUCAGCCACCCUGCGGCCACCCAGGAUCAACUACCUCUGUGUGCAGACCCCGAGCCCACCCCGGCGGUCUGCCCUUCUGUCCCAGACCCCGUCUACCUUCCGCUCCAUGCUACCCUGAGGAGCUGAGCAACCAACUCUAUGUGCCUUUUACUAUCCUGAGCCAGUAAGAAAUUGGACCAAAUCCUUUCUAUGCCAAAGUGCCAGACAACCUUUGGGGGGGUCUCCAAAAUUACGUAGUGUAAGCGCCCUUCCCCCAAGGGGGGUGAGACAUCACUGUGUUGUGGCGGGCGGGAGUUGUUUGUUACAGUUCCUGCCAUCUUUCAGAUUAGGGGUGAGGACUUCAUGCAAAGCCGUAAGAGUUUGAGAGUAGAAAUAAAGCUUACCUUAAGCUCA